GAAUUCAUUGGUUUCAGUUUCACAAAUAUGUGAUUGGCUAAUGUCCUUUUUCCAGGUUUUGAGGAUAUUAAUAUCCCAUUUGGAUCUAUUGAAGCUACUGAUAGAUCAACAGUCAACCUGGAACAGCGGUUAGAUCAUGAUGGUGAUCCUCUAGCCAUUACCAGUACUACCGAUGCAGUGGGAGGUGAUGGAGUUUCCCCAUGGAGUUGGAGAGAUACAUCUGGAAAUGGAGGGGAGGACCACUCUUCUUAUUGUGGGAGGGUUAUAUCAGUCAAAUAUGGGGACUUCACUAAAAGGAUCGGCAUUGAUGGAGCUCCAGAUGCGAUAAAAGAAGCAAUCAAGUCUGCAUUCGGGUUAAGAACAAAGCGAGCAUUUUGGUUAGAGGAUGCAGAGCAGGUUGUCCGGAGUCUGGAUAGGGACAUGCCUUUAGGAAACUACACUCUUCAACUCGACGAAGGAAUCACCAUAAAACUAUGUCUUUACAGUGAAACUGAGCGCAUAGCUGUUGGCACUGAGGAUAAAACAUUGUACACAGAAGAUGAUCUUCGUGAUUUCCUUAGUCGCCGUGGGUGGACAGGUCUGAGAGAGUUGAAUGGAUACAGAUGCAUUGAUACUCUAGAUGAUCUCCAAUCUGGUGCCGUGUACCAGGGGGUGAGACUUCUGGGCGGCUGAAAGCCUGAAACUUGUUUUUGUUUGAUUUCAUAGCUUUGAACCAUAAGUUCACUGCAAUGUCAUAUAUUGUACAGUUGUAUCGUUGUGAAUUUGUGAUACCAUUGAAUUUUGGUUUAAUGUUACUGUAUUUAUAUGGUUUUAAGGUUUAUACAUAGUGAGCUUGUAUUUAAAUUUAUCAAUACAAGACCUAUUAUAUU